AUGACGCUGCAGUUGCAUAGGAUAGAUUCUAAUGGUACAGUCAUUGGAUUGAACGAUCAGUUCAAUUUGCAGUUAAUACCAAAACAGGAGGACAAUCAUGCGGUCAACAGUGAUCUUACCGGUAAUACAAUGACCACUGAAACGCAAAAUCAGAACCAAAACUAUAUUCAGAGGAUACCUUCGACCACGGCAAACAAUUUCUUUGAAGAUCUGCUCAGUUGGCAGCCUCCAACGAGCGGUAACAAUGGUAGUCGAAGGUUAUCUAUUUCCGAGUAUAAUGCGGAUAAUGCCGGAUACUAUGAGUACGAGUAUUUUGGUAAACACCAUGAUGAUUCAACGACCCAAUUUAACGAUAAUGACGACGAAAUAAUGAUGAUAAGUGAUGAUGAAGCGAUGCGAGGGUUUGAUUUUGACCUCGAUGAACCACAGAGGAAAAAGGUCAAGGACUAUUUCAAAUUGAGCAUCUUUAGCAGUAAUAAUAGUAGCAAUGGAACGUUUUGGGGGAGAAAGAAGAAAAAUGUAGCGGAAGAGACUGAGGCUGUGAUUAAUCCUUCACAAUUGUUAUUCCACGAUGUGUUUCAGGAGGACGAAGAGGAAGAAGAGGAUGAUGGGGAAGCCAUCACACAAUUCACAGUGUUUGACAAUCAUAAGUUGGAUCACAGACCCAUUGUUCACUCUCCAGCGCCUGCAGCAAUAGCAAAACGUAGAUCGGGUUCAAUGCCCAAGACUAGAGGUCGUAAACCUUCACCCAUACCGGACGCUUCCAAACAGUUUGGUUGCGAAUUCUGCGAUAGAAGAUUCAAAAGGCAGGAACAUUUGAAACGUCACGUAAGGUCCCUUCACAUGUGCGAAAAACCAUUCAAUUGCCACAUCUGUGACAAGAAAUUCAGUAGGAGCGAUAACCUGAAUCAACACAUAAAGACUCAUUCACAUCAAUAG